AUGCCAUCGCCUUCACAGUACAUCUUCGGCCUUCAAGCCGCCCCCUUGUUAGCCAGUGGCGUCUUCACCAUGAUAUGGCCAGAAAGUCUGCCCGAUCCAGCCUUUGCAGGUCUCAGCAAUGGCACAAUUCAUGCGAUUGGUGGUGGUGAAUGGGCAAAGGUUGCACCUUUUGAGGCUGUUAUGGGGCUUUUAACCGCUGCCGGUCUGUAUUGGGAUUGGACUUUGAAGCGCUCUAAGAGUAAGAGGGAGUGA